UCUUGUAAUUAUACGUAAUUAUAUUAAAAUAUGAAUAAAGCAGGUGACGAUCUAAUAAGUAAUUUUCUCAAACAUAUCGAUAAAAUAUAAUGUAUUUAUUAUUCACUCGAGAGACCCAAGUGCGACAUAGUAACAAAGCGAUGUAAAUAUUGCCUGCCGAAGCGAGAAUGAAACAAAACCGUUGCGUCGCAAUUCAAGUUUGAUCGAUUAAGAUUAUGAGUUCAUGUAGUUAUCCAAAUAGCGCUGACGACUUGCAUUUACCAAGUUCCUUAGCACAGAUUUCGAUAGAUAAAAUUGAUGAAGCUGUUAUAAAAGGAGACGAUAAAAAUUUGGCAUUAUUACUAAAAAAAGAGAAGCUAUGGUCACGAGUAAUUUUUAAAAGCGGAACAACUCCGUUACAUUUGGCUGCAGCAAAGGGUUACAGUCGCUGCUUGAUAAUACUUUGCGAAAGUGCGAAUCAGAUCCAGCUUAAAGUGAUAAUUAAUUUUCAAAAUAACGAUGGCCUUUCGGCACUGCAUUUAACGUCGCAGUAUGGUCACAAUCAGUGUUCCAGAGAGCUUUUGCUAAGAGGAGCUAAUUCAAAUUUAUGUAACAACUACGGCGACACUUCCUUGCACACUGCAUGUCGUUACGGCCAUGCCGGAGUAGCUCGAAUAUUAAUCUCGGCGGCAUGCAAUGUUAAUAUACAAAAUAAAAAUGGCGACACCCCACUUCACAUAGCUUGCGCUAUGGGUCGACGGAAAUUGACGCGAAUUGUGAUGGAAGCCUUCCCGAAUGUCGAGAUAAGAAAUUCACAAGGUGAUACACCUUUCGAUAUUGUCAAAAGAAAAAAUUUUACCGAAAUUAUGACAAUCUUUAAUGCAUUUAAAACAAAGCCACGGACUGAAAACGAUGUGCUUAACACCAAAUUUGAAUUUUCACCUUACGGUUGUCAAAAUGUUUUAGAAACGCGAUCAAUAUUUUUGACGAACGUUGAACAACUGUCCAAUGUAAAAUUGAAUAAAGGUGAAGAGUAUUACAUUGAUCUUGCUGGAAAUUUAAAAAAAGGUCCAAAAUGCGUCACGAACACAUGUGUUUGCAAACAAUUGUUAAACAAAUAAUAGCUAAUAAUA